GCGUCGCUUGUGUGCUGUUGCUGUGUCGCGUGCUGUCUCCUUGUGUACUGUCUGUCUGUCGCGCGAUGCUGUCGGCUCGAGUGUGCGGUUGCGGGCGGCGCAGCCUCUGGUGGGGUCUGGCAGCGGGAGCAGCCCUGCUGGCGGUCGCUCUGGUGCUGCGCUGGGCCGCCUUCCCCGCCAUCCUCACCGCUAAGAUCAAGCAGGCGGUUCAGCUUCACGACGGUUCAGCUGCCAUGGAGCGCUUCGUGCAGCUGCCGCAGCCGCUGCUGUACAAGGUGUACCUCUUCAACGUCACCAACCCAGACGAGGUGGAACAGGGUGCCAAACCAGUCCUGCAACAGGUCGGACCCUACGUUUACGAGGAGUGGCGGCGCAGGCGUGACGUCACCCGGACGUCAAACGGCUCGCUGGACUACCGGCUGGAAACGACCUACCACUUCAGUCCAGAGCGCUCUCCAGGACUGUCAGAGGACGACGAGUUCACCUACCUCAACGUCGUCAUGGUGGGCAUAGUGGUGCAGGUGUCGGAGGACUACUCGUCGCUGCUGUCGAUGGUGGAGCCGGUGCUGUCCGAGCUGGUGCCGGGCGGCGCGCAGCUGUUCCAGCGCGCCUCUGCGCGGCAGCUGCUGUGGUCCGGGGUGCCCACCGUGGACUGCCGCGGAAACCUGUCCGCCGUGGCGGCGCUCGCCUGCGGCGCCCUUCCCUCCCUGCUGCCGGCCACCGUGCAGCAGACCGAGCCCGGCGUCUACGUCUUCUCCUUCUUCGGAUUCAAAAACGGCACAUCCAAACAAUGGUGGCGGGUGGACUCUGGCGUGGAGGACGUGCGCACCCUGGGCUCCGUCAUAUCGUACGACAAUAGUUCGCGGCUCAAAGUUUGGUCGCCUAGCAACAGCCCAUGCAACGAAAUACGUGGCACAGACUCCACGCUCUUCCCGCCUUUCAUCACGCCCAAUGACACCAUCUACAUCUUCGCCCACGACAUCUGCAGGUCCAUGCACGCGGAGUAUGAGCGCGAGCAGGAGGUGUCUGGGGUGCACGGUCUGCGGUUUGUGGCCUCAGGCAGCCUGCUACGCCGCGGAGGGCCCAACGCCUGCACCUGUCCCGACGGGCGCUGCCUGGCCACGGGCGCCAUCUCCGUCCGGGAGUGCUUUAGAGCGCCCAUCGCUGUAUCGUUUCCGCACUUCUACCAGGCUUCGCCAGAGUACCUGCAGUACGCCGAGGGCCUGAGUCCCAGCAAGGAGCUGCACGAGACCUUCGUCGUCAUAGAGCCGGAGACUGGCACGCCGCUGGUGGGGGCGAAGCGGCUGCAGUUCAACAUGAAGGCGGCGAGGGUGGCGCAGGUGCCGGCGCUCCGGAACGUCAGCGAGGGCCUGUUCCCGCUGCUCUGGGUCGAGGAGGGCGUGGAGCUGGAAGAGAAGCAGCUAUCGCAGGUGCGCGCGCUGUACGUGGCGCGGGCGUCGAUGGGGGGCGUGGCGUGGGCGGUGCUCGCGGUGGGCGUGGCCGCGCUCCUCUUCUGCGCCGUCCGGCUGGCCAAGGCCAGAGUAGCUGAGCGCAACAGGUCGCUCUCCCUGGACAAGGGUGUGACCGCCGGGGGUAAGCUGUCGGUUCCGACGCUGGGCGCUGCCUACCCGGAGUCCGCCACCAAACGGCCGUCGCCUCCCGCCGCCGCCCCCGCCGCCCCCACGGCCCUGUGGACGCGACGCAUUUCUGACGCCGCCCCCGGCCCCCGGCAGAGGCGGUAAUCAUCGGGGGACCGCUCUGGUGCGGCCCCCACCCACAACGUGACGCCACGGCGUCCACUCCGACAUGCGUCUCGUCUUGCCUCCCUGGUCACCACGGCUGGACAAACCGCAGCGGCGUACGUCAUAGUGCCAGGACUAGCUGUCUGUCGGUUGUCCCACGUGUGACGUGAGUGCCGAGUUGUGGACGAAAACAGUAUUGCGGCACGUGGAAUCUGCCGACGCCGUAUGAACUCUAAUCAAACCAUCUGUUGUAUUUACCUCUUUUGGGUACCUUGGCAGUCCUGUAAGUAAGGUACACAUGGUGGGUGUUCGGGCUAUGCCAGCGGUCUGUGCAGCAUAUGCAACUGCUCUACAUUGUCUGCUGCUACUUCUGGCAAGUAGUAUCUGCUGUUCUCUGCACUUUGACGGUCUUUUUGUGAAACUCGUGCUUGCAUGACUGCGUUGAUCCCAGACAGUUGAUGAUAGCGUGUCCAGAGCCUCCUAUCGGGAACUGAGUAGAAGGCUCUGAACUCCUUAGCGUCACCUGUCUGGUGCAUUUGGUCGUGCACCCUCGACCCUUGGAUGAGACCCCCUAAGAAGUGUGGGCAUCGGCAAUUACUCGAUGCUGGAGUAACCACCAUCCAUCACCUGACGAUGUCGAGAAGACGCCUCGAAGAAAUUUUGUGGGUUUUGCACUACGUGAUCCACCGGCAAACGAAGGGCCGUACAUUGAAUAUACUAUCGAUGUGAAAAAUCUGAUGCAAGUACCAUGAACAUCGCACAUUAGAGGUUAUUUUCCAGAUUUAUAAGCCGCAUCUAAAAGACAUAAUACACUGUAAUUUCCUGAUAUACAAACGAGGGUUUUGGCAAAUGAUAGGUGGCCAACUACUUAAUUUCGUAUGAACCUUGAUAUUCCAACAACCUUUUUACCCUUUUAAGAGGCAUUCGUGAGGUAAUAUCAUGACACUGGUUGACCGCUUGUUAAUGCACGCGCUAAAAGAUUUUGCAAAACUGUUCGAGGAAUGUACUCAAAUUCAGGAGCAAAAUACACAGAAUCCUCUGUUGUGGAGUAAGUAUCAACAGUGGCUCACAUGCCUCUAUAUGCUGCAAGGAUGGGAGAAGUGUUUACAUCGCAAAGCGGAUUCCUAUCACCUUACCUAUGAAUUUCAGUACAUUUCCAAGAUACAGGUGAAAAAUUUUACAGCGCAAACGUUAACAAGCGUAAAUAACAGUAGUGGUAUUUUCAAUAACUUUCGAAUGUCAUUCAAGGAAAAGUCAUUGUUCUGUCUUAAAGAAAUUGCGUCUACAUCUCGUGUGAUAAAAGCGAUCUUCUACGUUCAAAAAAUGAUAAUGUGUAUUACGUUCUAUCACACUUUUCCUGUAUAAUAGGUGAUAUGUGGUCUUCACAAACAGGAAUAUGAAUUGUCUGCGGUACAUAAAGAUAUAUGACAAGGAAUUCGCAAAAUUCUUCGUGACCUCACACUUGCGGAAGAUUAUUCGCACAGCUGCUCAUCUAGCUUA